AAUACACACAGAAGACUAAACAAAUUGCCUAACCACACCGGAAGUAAACAAAGCGGACCACAGUCUUGGAUACAGUCGCCACGGUAACAACAACAACAACAACAGCCGCAACAGUUACAGAUGGGAAAACGAGUCAAGCUCUCAACAGCCAAAAGCUAAUGAUUUCGGCCUUCAGUAACGCUUCUGCUAUCACAGUUAAAAGGAGAAAUGGCAUCUAGUUUACAGACGCAACACGAGACGCAAAGCGGGGUUUAUACGUUCUCCAGUCGUCCGCGUGCGGUUCCCAACCGCCCCAAAUACAGACAAGCCGCUCCGCUGCUAAAUGAAGAACAGAGCAGUUAUGGAAACAUCAUGUAUGACCGACGUGUUGUCAGAGGAAAUACAUACGCUCAACAUAUCCUACCCAUUACAUCUCAGCCCGAUCCAGUUGAGUUCCUGAGACAGCAGGAGGCCAGAAAAAAAGCUUUGUCCAGAAAACGACUGAAGGAGCAGUUUGGCCCGAAAACACCAGAACCACUAGAGGGCAGAUUGAACAUAGAUGUGCAGACAGUGGCUAAAUGA